GCCGCAGCAAUUGCAUACGACGCGUUGCUAUGACGUUGCGAGGCGAGCAGAAAAGGAGUCUGUGUCGUAUUGUAACCAUCGACUUUUUAAUCUUGUCCCUAUUUAAUCACUUCCAGUUCCAUUCGUUCUGCUAUUUUGAACCAAAGAAAAGGUGGUCGAGAAACUUUCCACCACUGCAACGCCAAGUUUAAUCCGGACUUCAGCUCAGCUCCUUCUGCUCAUAUCACAUUGUUCACAUUUUACUCAACCACCUUAUAAGAACAAACGACCACGACCCAUUCAACACAUCUCCACCCUUCUCCUCACCGGACCAAACCAGACGCGACACAACACAACACAACACAACACAAAGACAGCAUGGCUGAAUCUGUCCCUAUUCCUGAGCCUCCAGGCUAUCCUCUCAUUGGAAACCUGGGAGAAUUCACAUCAAAUCCUCUUUCUGACCUGAACCGUCUAGCGGAUACAUAUGGCCCCAUUUUCAGAUUACGUCUUGGAGCCAAGGCUCCCAUUUUCGUCUCCUCCAAUUCAUUGAUCAACGAAGUUUGCGACGAGAAGCGUUUCAAAAAGACUCUAAAAUCGGUUCUCAGCCAAGUUCGAGAGGGUGUUCACGAUGGUCUCUUCACGGCAUUCGAGGAUGAGCCCAAUUGGGGCAAAGCACACAGAAUUCUGGUACCGGCUUUUGGCCCUUUGAGCAUAAGGGGAAUGUUCCCAGAAAUGCACGACAUCGCUACUCAAUUGUGCAUGAAGUUUGCUCGUCAUGGUCCUCGAACACCCAUCGAUGCCAGCGACAACUUUACCCGUCUUGCUCUGGAUACUCUGGCCCUCUGCGCCAUGGAUUUCCGCUUCAACUCAUAUUACAAGGAGGAAUUGCAUCCAUUUAUCGAAGCCAUGGGCGAUUUCCUCACCGAGUCAGGAAACAGAAACCGACGACCUCCAUUUGCGCCCAACUUUCUCUAUCGUGCAGCAAACGAGAAGUUCUAUGGCGACAUCGCCCUAAUGAAGUCAGUAGCCGAUGAGGUCGUCGCCGCACGAAAGGCGAGCCCCAGCGAUAGAAAGGAUUUGCUCGCUGCUAUGCUUAAUGGUGUUGAUCCUCAGACGGGAGAGAAGUUGUCCGACGAGAACAUCACCAACCAGCUCAUCACAUUCCUUAUUGCCGGCCACGAAACCACUUCUGGUACUCUAUCCUUCGCCAUGUACCAGCUUCUGAAGAACCCCGAUGCCUACAGCAAGGUCCAGAAAGAAGUCGACGAGGUUGUUGGUCGUGGCCCCGUCUUGGUUGAGCACCUCACCAAGCUCCCUUACAUCAGCGCUGUCUUGAGAGAGACCCUCCGACUCAACUCUCCUAUUACUGCAUUUGGUCUUGAGGCUAUCGACGACACUUUCCUCGGUGGCAAGUAUCUCGUCAAGAAGGGUGAAAUCGUCACUGCUCUUCUAUCCAGGGGCCACGUUGACCCGGUCGUAUAUGGCAAUGAUGCUGAUAAGUUCAUUCCUGAGCGGAUGCUUGACGAUGAAUUCGCGAGGCUCAACAAGGAGUACCCCAACUGCUGGAAGCCUUUUGGAAACGGAAAACGAGCUUGUAUCGGACGUCCUUUCGCCUGGCAAGAGUCUCUUCUCGCCAUGGUCGUUCUCUUCCAGAACUUCAAUUUCACCAUGACGGAUCCUAACUACGCUUUGGAGAUCAAGCAGACACUGACCAUCAAGCCUGACCACUUCUAUAUCAACGCUACCCUACGACAUGGCAUGACCCCAACCGAGUUAGAGCAUGUCCUAGCAGGAAAUGGAGCUACCAGCUCUUCAACCCACAAUAUCAAGGCCGCUGCGAAUUCAGAUACCAAGGCCGGCGGCAGUGGGAAGCCUAUGGCUAUUUUCUAUGGCUCAAACAGUGGUACAUGCGAGGCUCUUGCCAACAGACUCGCCUCGGAUGCUCCUAGCCACGGCUUCAGCGCAACAACAGUUGGCCCUCUCGAUCAGGCCAAGCAGAACCUUCCCGAAGACCGCCCCGUUGUCAUCGUCACUGCAUCGUACGAGGGACAGCCCCCAUCCAAUGCCGCCCACUUUAUCAAGUGGAUGGAAGACUUGAAUGGUAAUGAGAUGGAACAGGUGUCGUACGCUGUCUUUGCGUGCGGUCAUCACGAUUGGGUUGAGACAUUCCACAGAAUCCCCAAGCUUGUUGACUCUACUCUCGAGAAGCGUGGCGGUACUCGUCUCGUUCCCAUGGGUAGUGCAGAUGCUGCCACAAGUGACAUGUUCAGCGACUUUGAAGCCUGGGAGGAUACUGUCCUCUGGCCAGGCCUGAAGGAGAAAUACAAGAUCUCUGAUGAGGAGUCAGGCGGCCAGAAGGGCCUGUUGGUCGAGGUUUCGACGCCCCGAAAGACGAGUCUUCGUCAAGAUGUCGAGGAAGCGCUGGUGGUUGCUGAGAAGACUCUCACCAAGUCGGGCCCUGCUAAGAAGCAUAUUGAGAUUCAGCUUCCCUCAGCCAUGACCUACAAGGCCGGCGAUUAUCUUGCUAUUCUUCCCCUGAACCCGAAGUCGACUGUGGCACGAGUGUUCCGACGAUUCUCUCUGGCCUGGGAUUCUUUCCUGAAGAUCCAGUCAGAGGGACCUACUACGCUGCCUACCAACGUCGCCAUUUCUGCUUUCGAUGUAUUUAGCGCAUAUGUUGAAUUAUCACAACCUGCUACAAAGAGGGUAUGUUAUCUUUUUGCCGCUAUCCGAUUUUGACUAACAUUUGCAGAACAUCCUUGCACUUGCUGAGGCAACUGAAGACAAGGCCACCAUCCAGGAACUCGAGAGACUUGCUGGGGAUGCUUACCAAGCUGAGAUCUCGCCAAAGAGAGUUUCGGUUCUGGAUCUUCUUGAGAAGUUCCCUGCUGUUGCUCUCCCUAUCAGCUCCUAUCUGGCCAUGCUCCCUCCCAUGAGAGUCCGACAAUACUCCAUCUCUUCCUCACCUUUUGCAGACCCCUCCAAACUCACACUCACAUACUCCCUCCUGGACGCCCCUUCGCUCUCUGGACAAGGUCGUCAUGUCGGUGUCGCCACAAACUUCCUCUCGCACCUCACUGCUGGCGACAAACUCCACGUCUCAGUCCGCGCCUCGAGCGAAGCCUUCCACCUCCCCAGCGACGCUGAGAAGACUCCCAUCAUCUGUGUCGCCGCCGGAACUGGACUCGCUCCUUUCCGAGGUUUCAUCCAAGAACGGGCCGCCAUGCUCGCCGCAGGUCGAACUCUCGCACCAGCUCUUCUAUUCUUCGGAUGUCGAAACCCUGAGAUCGAUGACCUGUACGCUGAGGAGUUUGAACGCUGGGAGAAGAUGGGUGCUGUAGAUGUGCGACGUGCGUACUCUCGCGCCACUGACAAGUCUGAGGGAUGCAAGUAUGUCCAGGAUCGUGUCUACCAUGAUCGCGCGGAUGUCUUCAAGGUGUGGGAUCAGGGAGCCAAGGUAUUUAUCUGCGGAAGUCGUGAAAUCGGCAAGGCAGUUGAAGAUGUCUGUGUCCGUCUCGCCAUCGAGAAGGCUCAGCAGAAUGGCAGGGAUGUUACUGAAGAAAUGGCACGUGCCUGGUUUGAAAGGAGUAGGAAUGAGCGUUUUGCUACUGAUGUUUUCGAUUAGAGGCAUCAAUGAAGAGCCUGGUGUAUAUUAGUAUUGACUUUUUAAAAAACUGAACUUUUAAUAUUCCUUUGAUAUGGUAAUUUUGGACGAACCUUUUCAGGACAUUUGUUAAGGUGUGCUUCUUAUGGGCAGUAUUGGAUGUGAUAAAGAUAUGAUGAUACCUAUGCAUGAUACAGUGACCAUCCUAGAUACCGCAGACAUAGAGACAUAGUUGUGCCUCGAAUGGUUCGCAUUAACUACAAGUAUAGACCAAUGGCAGACACCAAUUGCAAGAUGCCGACGAUUGAUUGUUCUCUGGAGAAAUCUCGUCUUGAGCUCUAGUCGUGAAGUGAUC